AUGAUGAAGCUCACUGUGCUGUUGGGUCUACUGCUGGGUCUGUCACUUGUCGCUGCCGAUUUGCGCGCAGAUUUGCGUGAGUUUAUGGCGCUGGUGCCGCGACGACGCAUUAACUAUAUAGCUGCGCGCUACUAUAUAUUCGAUCCGCGCUUUCGUCAGUCUGUUGAGUUUAUACGCAGCGCGGACUUUGCGCAGACCUGGCAGCAGCUGCGCCAAGCGCCCGACUUUGCCGAUCUCAUUGAUUAUGUUACCGAGUCCGGCUCGGGCUAUGAUGUUACCAGCAUUGUGGAUAAGCUCCCGAAUCGCCUGCGUAGUUAUCAUAUCUCACGUGUCGUGCCCGUCGAGCUAAUGCUGCGCCGUGACCUGAGCACAUUUCUACGCGAAGCGCUGCAGACGCUGCCGCGUGCGCAAAUUUAUAGCCUAAUGUCGCGCAAGCUGCGCGAGGGCAAGCAGUUCGCCAAGCUCUACAAAGCGCUCAGGCAACCGGAGUUCAGCGAGCUGGUGCAGACAGCACGUCACUCGAAGGAACUGCAAGCGCCGCUGCUCAAGCUGAGCAAGAAGCACAUCAACGUUGAUGAAAUCAUACAAAUCGUGUUUGAGUUGAUAAGCUGGGGACCCAAGACCUAA